UCAUCACUCUCUUCUUUUUCUCUAUCAAUGGCACCACCAUCUGAGCUUCUGCUGAAAAUCUUUAGCGACGAUUUAGAGAACGAGACCCCAGAGAAGUGCAGAGAACGCCGCCGCAGAAGAAUCCAAUUGAGGAGGUCGAGGUAUACCUUUGCACCAAUCCAACAACUUCAAAGCCCUCCACCUCGAAAGGAAAUGACAAAUUAUGUUCCUACUACGGAUCAGUAUUUUGCAUUAUUGAAUAGGACUACCCUAGGAGAUAAGACGACGGCCAUGGCAUUGCCAGUGGUGGUGGAUUCAUCAUGGACUUCCUUAACCUCUGCCAGCUGCGGCGCCAAAACGGACGUGAAUCCAAUGCCGGUAAAUGGGUGGAUAUCGAUACAAGGGUUUUCUGAUAGUAUGGAUGACAGAUUGUUUGUGAAGGAAGAGUUUUGCCGUUCAGAUUUAUUUGGUGGGAAGCCACUGCAUUUCUUUGCUGUGUAUGAUGGACAUGGUGGACCUCAUGUCUCGACUCUCUGCAAGAACAUGAUGCAUACAAUCAUGGCAGAGGAGCUGAUGCGGCUUUCGACAGAAAAAGCACCCGCAACCAGCGAUGGCGGCGGUAGCAGCAGCGGCAAUGGCACUGGCAGCUCCUCUCCAGCAGAAAGAAUUAAAAACGCAGAGGUGGGUGGAGUGGAAGAGUGGGAGAAUUUAGUGCGGGCAGCUUUAGAGAAAAGCUUCCUGAGGAUGGAUGAGGUGGCACUGAGCACGUGCGCUUGCGGAAAAUCCGCGUACCUAGGCGGGUGCCAGGCCGUGGAUGUGGGUUUUUUGGGGUCCACUGCUGUCGUUGCAAUCGUCGCCCCUCAUCACGUGGUUGUCGCCAACUGCGGUGAUUCACGCGCCGUUCUCUGCCGUGCUGGGAGAGCCAUUCCUCUCUCUCUGGACCACAAGCCUGAGAGGCCAGACGAACUGGAGAGGAUUCGAGCAGCAGGGGGUAAGCUUGUUUAUCAAAAUGGGGUUCGAGUUUAUGGGAUACUUAACAUGUCGCGAGCCCUAGGAGAUAACUUUUUGAAGAAAGUCAUAACAUCACAACCAGAGACUUCCAUCACGGAAAGACACCCAGAAGAUGAGUGCCUAAUUCUUGCUACUGAUGGUCUAUGGGAUGUCAUGUCCGAUGCUUUGGCUUGUGAGGUAGCUAGCACAUGUCUUAGGGAUGGAAGUUGUGCCACUUCACCUAGGAGCCACUAUUCAGGGCAGUCAGUCAAAAUUGAUGGUGAAGUGUUGUUUCCAUCUAAAAGUGCUUUUGCAGCAGCAAUACUUUGUCGCCUUGCUCUAGGACGAGGGAGCUGUGAUAAUAUCAGUGUCAUAGUUGUUGAUUUGAAGAAGCAUUUAGCGGGGAAGGCAAAGUAAAGAAGGUUAGCCUCCUUGUAGAAGCUCUGCUUGAUGUUGUAUGCACCUUUUUGGAACACUUUAAACACUGUUGUUAUGUUGGAAAAAAUCAUUUCCUUGUUUGGACACCAUAGACCCUGUAUGGAAGUGGCAGUUGUUCAGGGAUACCUAUUCCGUUU